AUGGAAGAAGGAAAAAUUGAUUUGAAUGAGAUGAAGGAUAACACCGACCAUGUGGAUCAAGACCCAUCUCCAUCUACUGUCGAAGAAGUCAAGCUACCUGAGGUUGGAAUGAUAUUUUCCUCUGAAGAAGAAGUUCGUACUUUUUAUAAUUCCUAUGCUACCAAUGUUGGUUUUGGUAUUUCGAAAUUAGGUGGUAGGAAUGGAGAUGAUGGAAAACAAAAAUAUUUUUCUAUUGGAUGUGCCAAAAAUCGUAAGAAGGUAUCUCAAGCUAAAAAUGUUUUGCACCCUCGACCUUCUAGUAAGACAAAUUGCAAAGCUAAAAUUAAUGUAGCUGUUCGAAAUGAUGGGAACUUUGUGAUAACUAGUGUAUACAUUGAGCAUAAUCAUAUUUUGAGCCCUGGAAAGUCACGACAUUUUAGAUGUAAUAAAGUAUUGAAUUCAGCUACAAAGAGAAAAUUAGAAUUAAAUGAUCAAGCUGGAAUAACUUUAAGCAAAAGUUUUCACUCUUGUGUAGUUGAGGCUGGAGGUUAUGAGAAUUUAUCAUUUGAUGAGAGAAAUUGUAGAAAUUAUAUUUCAGAAGCUAGAAGGUUGAGAUUGGAGGAAGGAGAUGCUGAAGCUUUGAGUACUUAUUUUUGCCGCAUGCAAAGUAGGAACCCAAACUUUUUUUAUGUGGUGGAUUUAGAUGGUGAAUCUCGAAUAAAAAAUAUUUUUUGGGCAGAUGCAAGAUGUAGGGCUGCAUAUGAUUACUUUUGUGAUGUUGUGACUUUUGAUACAACCUAUUUGACUAAUAGUUAUGACAUGCCUUUUGCUCCAUUUGUUGGGGUGAAUCAUCAUGGGCAAUCUAUCUUGUUGGGAUGUGGAUUAAUAUCAAGUGAAGACUCAGCAACAUUCACAUGGUUGUUCAACUCGUGGUUGACAUGUAUGCACGGAUCUGCUCCAAAGGCUAUAAUCAUGGACCAAUGUCAUGCCAUGGCAAUCGCAAUUGAAAAGAUAUUUCCGAAUUCUCAUCAUCGUCUAUGUCUUUGGCAUAUUAUGAAAAAACUGUCAGCAAAGUUAGGUGGUCAUGUUCAUUACAAAAUGAUAAAGAAACAAUUGAAGACCAUUGUUUAUAACUCGCUUACAGUUGAUGAGUGUGAUGAGAACUGGUUAAAAAUGAUUGAGGAGUUUAAGUUAGAGAACAAUGAUUGGUUGAAAUCUUUGUAUAAGGAACGAAAUAGAUGGAUACCUGUGUAUGUUAAAGAUCACUUUUGGGUUGGUAUGUCUACAACUCAAAGAAGUGAAAGUAUGAAUGCAUUUUUUGAUGACUAUGUUCAUUCUAAAACAUCUUUGAAGCAAUUUGUUGAGCAGUAUGAUAGUGCACUGAAGAAGAAUAUUGAGAAUGAAAAAAAAUUAGAUUUUGUUUCUUUUAAUUCUAUCAUGCCAGUUAUUCUUGGUCAUCCGAUUGAAAGACAAUUCCAAAAUGCCUACACUAACAAUAUAUUUAAGUUGUUCCAAGAUGAAAUAAGAGGGUUGAUGUUUUGCGAUGCCUCUUUGUUGAGGGAAGAAGGGACAACUUUAAUAUUUGAAGUAGUAGAAAAUAUGUUGGGACAGAAUGGACAACCUGGAAGAGAAGUUUCCUUUAGGGCAUAUGAUCAAAGUGUUGAUGAGAAUGAAGGUUAUUGA